CCACUCGGCAUGUGACACAACAAGGAAGUUUAACUGUAAUGUUCGAUUAAAUCAAACUGCAGCUUUUAUAGCAAACGGAUUCUUUAGCAGCCCUCCUUUCUCUUGUUUUAUUUAGCCUCGGUGGGACAUUAAGUGUUAACGCUGUGACAGUAGCGUUGAAAUGAAACAGUCGUUGUGAAGCUCAUUAAUCGACACGACAAAAUGUUAAUUUCGCUCCUGAUUUCCUCUUUAACGUUGCUGUUCCCACUUGGACACUCGUCGUUGCCUCUUGUUAUCAACACCUGGCCUUUCAAGAACGCCACGUAUGAAGCAUGGAGUACCCUGAAGGCUGGUGGCUCAGUGUUGGAUGCAGUGGAGAAAGGCUGUGCCCGCUGUGAAAUGGAGCAGUGUGAUGGCAGUGUGGGCUAUGGCGGGAGCCCAGAUGAGUCUGGAGAGACCACGCUGGAUGCCAUGAUCAUGAACGGUGAUACAAUGGAGGUUGGUGCAGUUGCAGACCUGAGAAGAAUCAAGAAUGCCAUUGGAGUUGCAAGAGCCGUGAUGGAGCACACUGACCACACACUGCUAGUGGGAGAGUCGGCUUCUGUGUUUGCCGAAAACAUGGGCUUCAUUGCAGAAGACCUGACUACCAACAAAUCUGUGAAUAUUUUCUCGCAGUGGCUGAAGGGCAACUGCCAACCUAAUUAUCGAAAGAAUGUCUAUCCAGAUCCUUCCAAGUCCUGUGGACCCUACAGGCCCAAGGCGACAGUGGCACGGAGCAAGAGGGCACGGCAUGCUAAUACGCACUCCCAUGACACUAUAGGGAUGAUUGCUCUUGAUCGAGAUGGUCACGUGGCUGCUGGUACAUCAACCAAUGGACUUACUCACAAGGUUCCAGGUCGUGUUGGGGAUUCUCCUAUUGUUGGUGCAGGGGCCUAUGCAGACAGCGCAGUUGGUGGCGCUGCAGCUACUGGAGAUGGAGACGUCAUGAUGCGCUUUCUACCCAGUUACUUGGCCGUGGAGCUGAUGAGGGCCGGGGCCGAUCCCUCGGCAGCCUGUAAGUCGGCCAUUUCCAGAAUCAAGAGGCAUUACUCCGAGUUCUUUGGAGCCAUCAUCUGUGCUAACACAACAGGCCAUUAUGGUGCAGCUUGUAACAGAGUCCCUGGCUUCAACCAGUUCCACUACAUGGUGUCAAACUCCGAGUCCGACACACCAAUCCUGAAAUCAGUAGAUUGUUUUUAAAUGGUGUAUGAAUGUAUGCAUCUCUUUCCCCACAAUUUUCAUACUUGAUUUUUAUGCUGAUGAUAUAAUUUAUGAAUAAAAUUUAAUUUAAAAAAUA